AUGCGCGCUCUUCGCAGUGUUUCCGUGCCUGACUCUGAUACACUGAUGAACGGGGGUAUCAUCUCAUCAGCCAUCCAAACUAGAAGCGGCCCAUCUAAGGCUAUCUGGAGCGACGCCUGGGCCUGUUAUCUGACUCUCAUCAUCGCACACCAUCGUUAUCUCUUAUCCCUUUACCAGACUCAGCAAUCAGCACCCUUCAGAGUUAGGAUGGGCUUGAGCCUAGAGGGAGAGCGGCUGUGGGCAGGCUGUGGUCAGAAAAUACCUGCUUUCGUACCUCCGUACCCAGUUGUGUGCCUCGUAACGCUGAACAUCUCAUCUGGGCUUCAUCGUGUAAACGGAGGCUCGGGUCAUCUUCAAGUCGUGGUAUUCUACCUCACGGAGAGCCCGGCCUGCAGUUUUGGGGACUCAUCCAAACUGGCGACGGAGAAAAUGAAUGACGGGCAGAAAGAUGUCCGUCCGCGGGUGGUUGCUCCUGCUCGAAAUGCGCCCGGCCUAAAGAUACUGCGACCGACACGUUAUUCAGGCGCAACCUCACGUACCUACCUGUCAAGUGUCCGCGAUACCUCACAGAUGGAAGCUCCGACGGGCGGCGCAUGUGCCCGCCGUGAAGGUGUCUUUGCAGCGACGCCUUCUCAAGGCGACGGUAUUGCCGCCCGGGCGCCGUUCAUCUGGACGGAUAAGGCGACGGAUUGCCGAAAAAAGACUCCCACACCGACGCCACUGAUUGGCCCCUGCAUGAAUCGUGCGAUAGACGUCGGUUGGUCGGGUGGAAUGGAAGCUCAGAUGGAAGCUGUGGGUCCCUUCCUCGUUCCCUGCGCGCCUGCCCGUCACUCUGAGUCUCUGCCCCUUCUUUCUUUGGUAUGCCGCCUGGCACCUGCUGCGGAGUACACUACGCUGUGCGGCGUGCCUGCCACCUUGAUUGCCGUCACACCUUCUCACCUCCUAAAGCCAGCGUGGUGGGCCCGGUUCUGGCGUGGGAUGUCCAACCUGCAAAGUCCUGGGUCCAGCAUCUGCCCUGGUCAAUCAAUCGCCAACCACCACCUUACCCAAACUGCAAAGCGGUCUUCCCUCUGUUCGUUACGGAAAGCUGCAACCCGCGUGGUACUUGUCUCCUUGAUCGGGCUCUACUGUAUUACUGAUACACGCUUCUGUAGUGUGUUGGCUAGCAACGAUACGCCAGUAGACCGCCUCGAAAACACCAUCGUCACCAGUUGUGGCUUUGGCAACCAUCUCGUCCACCUGCAAGACACCCAAGGAGCCAAGACCUAUCCGCUGGACUCUAUCGUCCUGCCAGUCUCGACCGAGGCCAUUGCCCGUCAUUUCCAACUGGCCACGCCUCUUAUGGCCUUGUACGGGGCCAAAUCCUGCUGGCUGACGUUGAAGCUUCCAACAAAGAUCGUCUCUCAGAUGCAGUCACUGGUCAUAAACAUCAUUCAUCAUGAGACUCUUCUACCAUUGCUUGUUUCAAGCAUGUACAACAUCGGAGGUCUCAAAAUGGAAAGAAAAAAGACAGGACGACCGCUGUGGGCAUAUCUGAGUUACCCCCACCGUAACCUUGAUGCCCCAAGUCACACGGGGAACCAGCACUUCGCAUCCCACAGCUCUCCGAUUCUGCACCUCACGGCCGACUUGGACGUCUCGCAUCAUGCUUAA